ACUUGCAGGCAAAUCAGAUAGUUGGCAAAGGCCUACGUAAGCGAUGGUAAGGAUGAUUACUUUAGGAUACCCACUCUUAAUAUCACUCUCCAUCCUUUCUCAAGGUUUCCUGAUUGCUGUGUCAAAAUCCAUCAGGAAAGCAGAAAAUGAUGAUUUACUUCUUGAUACCAUUACACUAAGAAAAGCUUUUCGAAACGGUGACACGCUAGAGAAGCCAAUAGGAGAUCCAAACAACCAAUACAAAACAGAUGGAGGCAACAUCUUAAAUGAAGAGGAAGAGAGAAACAUGAAGACCAUAGAUUCUCAACAAAAUUACUUGAGUCACGAUGGACUUCCACUAAACAUUGGAAUCAAACAGAUGCCAUACCUUGCAUUUAGAAACUCAUUACAUCACUCGGAAAAUGAAGAUCAGAAUGCAGAAUCAGCACAGGAACGGAGAGAUAUUGGAGAUGAAGAAAAUGCUGCAAAAUUCCCAGUAGGAAGAAGAGAUUUUGACAUGCUCAGGUGCAUGCUUGGAAGAGUCUAUCGACCCUGCUGGCAGAUAUGAUCGGCAAAGACACUCAAAAUAAAUAUGAAGACAGUGUUUUCAAAGACUGAAUGAACAUUACGUAUUUGCAUACCAUAUCGUAUAUGUAACAAAAAAGGAAGCAAAAGAAAGGCACCAGUAUUUGUUGUGUAAUUUUAUUAAAAACAAAAUAAAAAAAAAAACCUAUGGCAACCCUAA